ACAGAGGCGAUGGCAGCAGUGAUGCUGAGGGUGACCAUCCCUGCCACUAAUUCUUUUCCUCUGAUAGCUUGAUAUUGCCUCACCCUUUCCACGGCUGUCCACGGGUUUUCUUGACUCAAAGUGAAGCCGCGACCGACCAUAUUUUCUCAAUCGAGGAACGUAUUCUGAGUUCCACCACAAACAACUGUCCAAUACCCAACAUCCUACGAGAUUUGCGCCCUCCUCUUUUCGUCCCACGUAUUCCUGCCCAGCAUGAAGUUUCGAGGAAUCGAGGUUUGCAUAAUCUCACAAUUCGAUAUAUGCAAACUGCCCGAGUUUCACUAUCCGACUCCGCCUCAGCCAGCAGACCCUUUCCAAGUUGACAGCAACCACGAGCCCAUGAUAGCGUCUCCAUCUCCAACAGCAUCCUGUCAUGUACCUAUCUACCCAGGCAGUCAAAUCUGGUUCGAGUACAGUAUUGAUGGCCCUCACCCACCUGGAGCGGCUUACUACUUCAAACUCUUCAUCAAUGGCAAGGUGAUCACAGCAUGGGAUUGUACUGCUAAGCAUGACUUCCAUGGCAAGAUGAUGUACAACCUGGUGAACGAUGGUACAGAACCACUGACGGGCGGACUUGCUGUACGCAGACAAGCCUUGAGAUUCGGAGAUGGAUUGGAAGACCGUCAGGUUGGCGAACUAGAUGACGACUUGAUUCAAAUCAAUGUCUACCGGAUUGAACAUCGCAAACGUAUUCGCGAUUUGGUCCAGGGACUUGGCUCUGUGGACGUCAAGAGCACGACUGCUGAUGGACUGCGGUUGACCAACAGUGGCGUAGUAGAGCCAGGCUUCCGUCCAAGACGGUACAGAUACCAGCUUCUCGACCCUGUUGACAUGCCCUAUGCUGCUUUUCGAUUCUUCUGUAGACCCUACGAAUACCUUGAGAAGCACGGCAUUGUCCCAGCCGCAAGAUCGACCAGAUUGACCAGCUCAGCCUCAUCCAUCGACUCUGAGGAAACAACAACCGAAACAGAUCAGGAAUCUCGGCAGAAGACUCAGCAAGGAGGGGAAGAAGCAGCAGCAGCAGCAGCAGCAACUUCCCCAGUGGUAAAGCCAGCCAACUUAACACCGGCCAACUCUCCCGCCAGAGGUGGAGAUACAAACAUGUCCCAAGAGAAACACAUGAUACGCGUCGUCAAGUCGACUUCAAGCUCGAACAGUGUUCGACUCGCGGAUAACGAUGACGCUCUCAGCGUUAAAACAAAGGAUAGUAUUGAAGACUUGCAGUCUUCGGUCCCCCGCUCGCCCAAAUCCCCAGGGUCACCUAACAAGCUCAUGAAGAAGUCUGGAGGUGAAGCUGAGGAUACAGAACCAGAAAUACCAAAGUCCCCAACUCGGUCUCCCAGGCACACCCGUCAACGUCUCAAGAAGAAACUUACGGUCAACAUAGACGGAGCAGAUUUCGACGUUGAAAGAAAGAAGCCUCCAUUGAGUCCUUUCACGAAUGGGGGAAUGCUUCGGAAAGCAGGUCCACUCACUGCACCAGCGUCAGUCACCGAGUUUGGUCCAACUAUAGAUGAAGAAGUCAGAGCAAAAUUGAAGGCGAAAGGCCCGAUGGCUACUGCCGACGCCGAGAAAUUUGCCGACAGGACCACGAGCGUGGAGAGGGGCGGAAAGAGGUUGAUGGGCUUUUUAGGCAGAAGAACCGCGGGCGGAAAGGCUGUGUGAGUGCUGCAUUUCGAAGGGUAUGCGAGACUGCUGGUCAGUGGUUAGCGGAGCUAC